AUGGUGAACGUUUGUCUUUUUGUAGCUGAUGGAAACGACGAAAUUGAGUUUUCAGCUCCCUGGGGUGUUUUCACCAGAGCUCAAAUUCCUAUCGACAGCGUCUAUGUAGGUGAAAACCCAGAGAAGCUCGUCACAAUGUCCCGUGGCAUCCAGCUUUACGCAAAGCGCUCUUUGAAGGAGUUUAAGAGCGUCGAAGAUUUUGCUUCUCACUACGACGUCGUCAUCAUUCCCGGUGGUUUGAAGGGUGCAAAGACCCUUUCCAGCGACGAAUUUGUAAAGAAGGUCGUCAGCUCCUAUUGGAAGAAGGCCGGCAAGGUCAUCGGUAUGAUUUGUGCCGGUACUUUAACCGCCAAGACGACUGGUCUUUCAGCUAGUGAAAUCACUGGCCAUCCUUCCGUUCGUAAAGAUUUGGAAGAAGCCGGUUUCCGCUAUGUCCCACAACCAGUUGUUGUUGAAAACAACUUGGUCACUUCCAUGGGCCCCGGAACCGCUAUUCUUUGGGCUUUGAAGUUGUUGGAGCAAGUAACUACUAAGGAAACCUAUGACACCGUGUAUCAAGCUCUUAGCAUGCCCGAGAAGCAAAUUGUUUAUGCAGCUAACCGGGAAUAA